UGCAUCGCUAUUUAGGAAAUUCACUUGUACCCAGCUAGAAGAACAAGAGGAAAAGGAAGCAGAAUUAUGUGAUAGAAUAAUUUCCAACAGUUUUUGAAGAUUUAUAUCACGUCAAUCAUUAUCAAUACAAUUAUUUUUUAUUUAUCAAUAGUUUCAAAUGAAACAGAAUCCGUGCCGUAUGCAUAAUAGAAAUUUUAAAAUCAUUAUAUCUCAAAUAUUCAUAUUCUUCAAACUUUUUAUGAGAAACUAUUGAGAUAUAGAUAACUACUGAGAAACGCGAACAUUGUUACCUUUACAUUUUAAUAAAAAUUGUUCUGCAAGUACAAGAUAGAUACAUUCAUAAUAUACUGUAUCAUUUUAUUCAUCUUAAAAACAUUAUGUCGCUUGCUAUUCUAUGCAAACUGUCUCCACAAUCCACAAGGAAUCGGUGCAUGAGUAGCGAAAACUAUUCCUCUUCAAAUUGUCCUUUUGAUCAUAAGAAUCUUUUGGAAAAAAAAAAUUUUAAAACUUAAUCACCGUUGUCUAACAUCUGACAAGAAUGCUGAAUGUUGAUUUCGAAUUUUCUAGAUACCUACAAUUCUUUUCCCCUUAUUGAAAAUGAGCAAAAAUUUUUUGCUAAGACCCUCGAUAAAAUUUUUGUUACCUUUACCUUUAAAAUUUUUUCGCAACUUCGAGAUACAUUCAUUCAUUUAUAACGGUGUUCCAAACAUACAAUUUUUAGUUUUAUGCGAAUAUUUGUACCCUCGCAUCUCUAAAUUAACCAGAUUAGUUAUUACAGUAGUUUCUGUUGCCUGUGUGUUAAUUCUAUAAUGAAAUCAGACCCGUUCCAGUCUUGCGCAGUCUUGUUCAAAUACUUUGUAGAUAUGUUAAGUAAUUCUGAUAGAUGAUAUAUUUGUUUAUAUUGAAUUAUUAAAAAAAAUCUCCGUCUACACAAACGAAAUUCAAAAACCAAGGUUUUGAGCGAAGUUAAAUAACCGUUAAUAAAAUAUUUUUCUGAUUAACUCCUAUUAUUAGUUAAUGCCAGGCUUGUUCACUCUACUUAGUACUUAAAAUGAUCUGUUUUCAAAACGUCGCGUUGUAUCUGUUCACUACAUUUUUUAUCUCUAAUACAGUGACGUCGAUUAGUAUAAAUGAAGAUCAAUCUUAUUGGAGAACAAAUGGACACGAUACAUUAAUGGAAGCAUUAAACACAAAAACAGUGGUAGGUGUUGCAAAAAAUGUUAUUUUAUUUCUUGCCGACGGAAUGGGUAUGACAACCAUGACCAGCUCGAGGAUAUAUGGAAAAACUGAAAAAGGAUUCUUAGCGUGGGAAAAACUUGAUAAUAUUGGCAUACUGAAGGUCUAUUCUGCAAAUAAACUAGUACCGGAUUCCUGUAGUACUGCAACAGCGCUUUUUUGUGGAGUGAAAGCGAAUCAUAAAACUUCCGGUGUAGAUGCGUCUGUAGAUGUUGAUGAUUGUGAAGCAUCAUUAAAACCAGAAUCCAAUUUGAAGAGUAUAAUCGACUGGGGACAAGAAGCUGGAAAAUCUACAGGUUUUGUAACCACUACGAGAGUAACACAUGCAACGCCAAGUGCAUUAUACGCACAUACUCCCAAUAGGAACUGGGAAUGUGAAAGUAGAAUACCUGCUUCUAGUGCUAAAUGUAAAGAUAUUGCCAGACAACUUGUAGAAGAUUCUCCUGGAAAGAAUAUACAGGUAAUUAUGGGAGGUGGUAGACAAUGCCUUCAAUCGUCUGUACAAAAUACAAUAGCAGAUCCCAUUGAUACGUGGUCUUGUUAUAGCAAAGAUGGCAGAGAUUUAAUAGGAAAGUGGAUAGAUCAUAAACAGUCACAAAACUAUUCCUAUCAAGUUUUAAAUAAUAAUGAAGAACUAAAUAAUUUGGAUCUGAGCAAGGAAUACACUUUAGGAAUUUUUGCGAAUGGUCAUUUGAAAUAUGAUUACGAAAGAGACAAAGGACCUAGAGGAAUGCCAUCUUUAUCCAAUAUGACAGAGAAAGCAAUCCAGCUCCUACGUAAAAAUCAGAAUGGAUUCAUUCUAAUGGUAGAAGGGGGCAUGAUUGACCAAGCUCAUCAUCGCGGCCAUGCACGGAAAGCUUUAGGAGAAGUUAUUGGCUUAAGUGAUGCGGUCGAAAAAGCUUUGGAAUUGACUGACCCUAUGGAAACUCUAAUUAUUAUAACAAGCGAUCAUUCUCAUUCGAUGUUGCUUACUGGUUAUCCUAACAGGACUCAAGGUGUUCUUUCGUUUACAAAAUCUGAGAUGGAUGAUUUACCGUUUACUUCUUUGGUUUAUGGAACGGGAGGUCCUAAUAAUUAUCAGUUUAUGGUAGACAACGGAACCAUAACUAGGGAAAAUCCUUCCAAAAAUAACACAGCAGAUUGGGAAUAUUCCCAACAAGCUUUGGUAUAUACAGAUGAGGUAACGCAUAGUGGAGCUGAUGUAUUGGUUUUUGCUAGAGGUCCUAUGGCGCAUCUAAUCAAUUCUGUACAUGAACAAACUUACAUAGCAUAUGUUAUAGCAUAUGCUAGUAAAAUUGGACCAUAUGCUCAAAAUGCAGCAGCAGAAAUUAAUCUUUAUUCAAAUAUGUAUAUGUUAACAGCUCUUUUAUAUAUGUUACUUAACUAAUAAUUUACUUAAAAGAACGAAUAGAGAACUUUGCGAAAAAA